GGAGACUGAAGUGUGAUAUUCGGUGCGGUUCUCUAAACAAACACACUCUGCAUUGUUAGCGAGAUUUUUUACCGAAAUUGUCUGAAGAGGAGUAAAACACAACAAUGCAGAACAACAAUAAUCAUAUCGGAGUAGGUGAAGCCGAGAGAAGAGUCAUUCGAACAAAAUCAUCAUCAAACUCAUUGCCCUUAUCAUCGUCAUCGUCGUCACAUCGGGAUCGAAUAAGCGGUAAGAAGAACAAUUCUGAUCGCAACAUCACUUACACAAUGAACGCUAAACUUGACGUCGAAAGCUAUGAUCCUAAAACGGUCCACGUUAAUAAUUGCGUCGUUGAGAUUAUUGGGAGGUCGGCGUCGAAACGUGAUGCCGACAAAAGCUCUAACCACGCCGUUUACGUAAAUAACGACAACGAUAAUCAGUCAGUCGAAGAAUAUGGCCCAUCGCGGUGGAAGAAGAGAUGCAUUAAAAUUUCAUGGUAUGUCGUGAUCGGAGCUUUCUUGACUGCUUGUCCCGUGUUCGCUGCCGGCAUCGUGCUCGGUGUCAUGGCUUACUCUGAUCGCCCUACAGCACACCUGCUUGUAAAACCAGCCAACAUCGUUCUCAGUAUGUUUUUCUUUCUGAUCGGUGUAGGAGUGGGGUUCCUGAUAUUUAUGUUUAUUAGAAAACGUCUUGGAUUCUGGGCCAAGGAAGAUCAGAGGGAAAUGGUGACCGAUUUCAGCAACUUUAUUCAUGAGGAACCGACUGUGGUUAUCCGGGAUUCAAUAGUAAGAUAGCUGUCAUCUGUCAUAUGGAAAUGAAUUAGUCAUAUUCAUGAAAUUCUGCAUAUUCAACGAAACGGCAAAACCAACGGCAAAUACAUCUGAGCAACAGUACGGAAUACUAUAACUUCGAAAGGCGAUGUUCAGACGAAAAGCAAUUAAAAUGUACAAUCGAAGAAAUCUACUCAGUUUGCAAUCAUCGCAACGAAGUGCGUUGUAUGACUAGAUUUUAGAAAUAUAUUUUAAUAUAUUUCAUAUGAAUAUACAUCUUAAAUAUAAAUGCUGACUAAUGCACCCAAUUAUGAAUUGUUUACCAUGUAUAUGGUGUAAUUAUGUACAUCGCAUGGAAAUAAUAAGGAGGACAAAUUGGUAAAGAAGAAGAUUAUUGAAAAGGCAGUUUUAAUGUGAUAUAAUUUUAACAUU